AACUACGGCCGUAAAACACGAAUUAAAAAAAAAAGCCUGUGCCUGACCCAUAGAGUAACUUUGUUUAAAUGGCCUGACCUGUCAGAAAUCAGAAAGCAGGGAAGGAAGGAAACGACACACAACCUCUUUCAAAAAAUUUCCGUCUUGUAGAUUUCAUAUUUACUUCGUUUUCUUCUAUUUAUAUACAUUCCGAUGCUUUUCGGUUGUACCUUUUUGUUUAAUGAAUAAAACGUUUUAAUUCAAAGCGUAUCUGUGAGCAAACAGUAUUUUACUUAACUAAAAGUGCAUUAUUUACAUUGCAAAUUUUAAACAAAGAUGUUUUCAAUAAUGAGUAAGCAUUGUUAUCAUAUUGCUUGUAUUAAUUUUAUAUUAGGCAGUAACAUUAUACAGUUCCCAUCGAUAAUUAUUUCCGGAAACCGAUAGAAAUCAAUUUAUAUAUUUUAUGAUUAAUAAUAGUUUCACAGGAAAUCAAUUGACAUGCUAAUUAACCUAAAUGUAUGAAUAAAUCACUUUGAAUUAUGAAACUCACAAAUUACAGUUGCUAAGGUUUCCACCUAAAUCCUGAGUGCUGCUUAAAAUCAAUAAUUAUUGGUGAAUUAUAAGAGUAAACAAAUCGUAUGAUUUCCGUGCUACCUCACCGAAUGGCCUACAGCAUGGCAGCAGACACAGUAAUGAAUCCUAAAACUGCUAUUAUAAUGCUUAAUAUGGGAGGGCCACAGACUACGGAUCAGGUCGGUGACUACCUUCAUAGGAUCAUGACAGAUAGAGACAUGAUUCAGCUACCCGUACAAAGCAGACUGGGUCCGUGGAUAGCAAGCAGACGGACGGAAGAGAUAAAGAAGAAGUACAUGGAGAUUGGGGGUGGAUCACCCAUCCUGAAGUGGACCAAUAAACAAGGUCAAUUGUUAACCCAAGCCCUAGAUCAAAUGUUGCCGGAGAGCGCGCCUCAUAAACAUUACGUAGCGUUCAGAUAUGUGACCCCGUUUACUGAAGACGCUUUACAAGAAAUCGAGCGUGAUGGUGUCACCAGAGCAGUGAUAUUCUCCCAGUAUCCUCAGUACAGUUGUGCCACAGCUGGAUCUAGUUUCAACGCCAUUGCCGACUUUUACAAAAACCGGCAAGUUCCGAGCACCAUAAAGUUUAGUAUGAUAGAGCGUUGGUCCACGCACCCGUUACUGGCCAGAGUGUUUGCUGAACGAAUACAGGAGAAACUUGAAGCGUUCGAUAGAAAUGUCAGGGACGACGUGCUAAUAUUGUUCACCGCUCACAGUCUACCUUUGAAGGCCGUAUCCCGCGGCGACACUUACCCCUACGAGGUGGCUGCGACAGUAGCCGCGACAAUGUCGCAACUGAAAGCCCCCAACGCGCACCGACUCGUCUGGCAGUCUAAAGUGGGGCCGUUGCCAUGGUUACAGCCUUACACGGAUGACGCCAUAAAGGCUUACGCGAAACAGGGCAGGAAGCAUUUAAUUCUGGUGCCAAUAGCAUUCGUUAAUGAACAUAUAGAGACAUUACACGAAUUGGACAUUGAAUACUGCGAUGAAAUUGCUAAAGAGGCAGGCAUAGUUCAAAUAGAACGAGCUUUAGCACCAAACGACCACCCCACGUUCAUAGGGGCUUUAGCUGAUAUUGUGGCCUCACAUCUCAGCAACGGACCGACCAUCAACGCCCAGUUUUUGACCAGGUGUCCACAUUGUGUCAGCAAAAGGUGUCAAAGUUCCAAAGAAUUCUUCAGAAAGUUGUGCAGCUCUACAGACGUUCACACACAAACUGUGACUACGUCAUAAUUAAUAAUAAAUAUGUACUUGUAAAUACUCGUCUAUUAAUAAUCUAUAUAUCAAUACUGUAUACUAAUAUUAUGAAGAGGAAAAAUUUGUAGAUUUGUAUGUUUGUAAGAAGUGAAACUUCUUUUCUUAAAUAACCUAAUCUAACCUAACAUUAGGCGGUGCAUAAGGCAUAGAGGAAUGGAGCAACGCACGCAACACUCAUAUCAUCAUUAGCUUAUUAAUGUCCCCACUGCUGGGGCACAGGCCUUCCCUAUGGAUGGAAUACGGAGAUUGGGCCACGGCCCACCACGCGGGCCCAGAGCGGAUUGGUGGAUGCUAACGACUGCAGAUGCAGCCGGGACCAACGGCUUAACGUGCCUUCUGAAGCACGGAGGAACUCGAGAUAGAAGAUUUUUGGUCACCCAUCCAAUGACCGACCACUGCGAAAGUUGCUUAACUUCAACGAUCGCAGUCGAACGCGCUAACCACCUGCGCCAUCGAGCUCCUCAUCGCUCAUAUAUAUGUGUAUAUAUACAGGGUGAAAUUGAAUGUUUCAAUGAAACUUCGUGGGAUUAUUGGGUUACGUAUAUAGAGUAUCUCUGAAUUUUUUCGGAUUUUUUAAAAAUGAUUUAAAAUAAAAUUUCGUUUUUUUUUUGUUAUAUUUUAAUCUCCUUUUGGGUACUAAAUAAUUAUUCUUUUUAAACACUCAUACAGAGUAAGUAAAAAACAACUAAUUAGCACUACUAAAAAAACGUAAAAACAGAAGACGAGCGGUCGGGAGCAAUGACCGCUCCCGCCGUUGAAUCGGUUGAAUACCUACCUAUGCGCGGUGCAAAGCGCAGUGAACGAGCGCAGUGUCAAGUUUAUCCACCGCGCAUGCGUAUCUUUUAAAUUUGGGACAAGAGAAGAUUUGCAAAUAAUGCCAUGAUUAGUUCUUGUUCUGUGGCCUCAAUAUAAGAAGUUGGAUAUGGUGUGUUGUUAUUGUAGUGUCACGGUAUACUCAGCAGAGCCACAAGGCUUUACGAAAGUAGGUUUGAUGAUUGAUUGUGUUUACAAAGUGUAUACGGGAAGUUUAAGUGAAAAAAAUGAAUAGGUACAUCGGUCUCGUAAGUACUUUUAAAUACCGGGUUAUAAAUUUCAGCCAAGUAUUGAACUGCAAUAAGUAUUUCUUUUUGUUUAACAUUUGCCUAUUUCUAAUCGUGACAAAAUUAUUAUUAACUUUUAAAGUUUUUCUCCGCUUAAGAGAAGAUGACAUUUGUGCUUAUUAUUUCAAUAAAGGCAUCUAAGACGACUUUAUUGUAUUGUGUGGAAUCAAAGGAGUCAACUGAACUCUGUGUAGAGGUACGUACUCACUCAACGGCUGGCGGGCGCGGUCGGUCGUUGACCCGCCGUGGAAUUUUAAUGUUUUUCCAUUUUUUUGAAGUACUUAUUUAUUAGUUAUUUUUCACUGGAUAUGUAAGUUUGUUUGUUUAAAAUGAAUAACUACUCAAAAGGAGAAAAUGACAUAAAAAUACACAAAUUAUAAAUAAAAACAUGAAAAAAAAUACUUCAAAAAAAUCCGAAAAAAAUCAGGCAUACUCUUUUCACGUAACCCAACAAUCUGACGAAGUUUCAUUAAAACAUUCAAUUUCACCCUAUAUAUAUAUAUAUAUUGUCGCGUGUGACGCUCGUAGCAUUUCAAACUUCGCCGAGUUACCCUCCAACUUUCAUGCUCGUCGGGAAGAGUUGCGCACGCAUCCCUCUUACAUUUAUAUAGUCGUGUGACGCCCGUGACGCAUUUCCGUUUCAUAUUUUCCGCAGAAUUUUUCCAUUUACACCCCUUCCGAAAAGAAGUUUCACUUCAAUAAACUCAAAAACUAUUUCAACAUAGAACAAGCUAUAUUUUAUUGACCUCUCUGAGCUCAGCUAUCAGUGAGCCAGAUUUCGCCGAAAUUGGUUAAGUAGUUUCGGAAUUUAUCCAGGGCUCAAAUAUGGUGUUACGAGAUUUAUAUAUGUAUAUAUUAUUAGAUGUAGUUUGGGAAAUUAAAAAACGAAAGAAUUAGUGUUUCAUAUUUUCUCGAAUCUGGGUGGUUGUGGUCGCGUCGUUUAUGUUAAGUAAAAGCUCAAAAUAUUAUACUUAAGUUGUAUGUUUGUUUUGGCUUAUGGAGUGACUUUUGAGUUUUGAAAUUAUGUUUUUUGAAGUAAAACUUCUUUACGCACGCUUGACUUGGGGGGUAAGCUGGCGAAUGCGUUACGCGUUACGAAAAGUGUGAUCGGGCGAGGCGAACGGGAGUUGAGUGGGGGAAUGCAAGAGAAGCAGUGCGCGCGCACAUUUUCUUUCUCUCUUUCUCUUAUAGCUAGUAAAUGAAAUAUGUAUAUGUACAUACAUGUAUAUAUUGUACUCACCCACAUAUAAGUAUAUAUCGCACGUCACAAACAAUAGGGUAUUAAGUCGGCAAAACCAUUCAUUUUUUUAUUUGCGUUUCGAAAACUACAUUUUUUUCUCUUAUAAAUUGGUGAGAUAAUUGUAUUUUAAUUCGAAAUGGUUUUUGAAUUAUAGCAACACAUAUGUCGUCAAUUUCUAGGCAAAAUUUAUGAUUGUGAGUAUUCUAAACAGUAUUAAGUUAAGUUAAUACCCUAUUGCCCGUUCGGAUUAAUACAAGUGUGAAAUUUUAUUUCAAAUAAUACCCUUUGGCCUGUUAAAUUUUAUUUAAUAUGUUAUUUUCAACGAAAUUAUUUUAAAAUGAUACUAGUUGUAAUUUUAACAUGAGCCAUUUGAACUGCUUAUAGGGUAUUCUCUUUACCCAGUCACAUAAAAGUACUUUUAAAAUAAAAACUACUAUUGACACACCAACUAAACUUACUCGACACAAAGAAGGAUAAUGUACGUUUAAAUCAAGGUAUCAUUUUAAACAUUUGAACAAGCAGUUCCGCUUCUAUGAUUUUUUAAAACUUGAAAACGCGAUAUCUUUAAACACUGUUUUUUUUCUAAAUGGCUCCGCACGGCUUGUGCAUUUAGCCAAUGUCAAGUGUUAAAUGUAGGUAUACAAAUACUAUAGCACUCGUGGUCAAAGUAAUAAGUCAAGUCAAAGUAAGUGGCAGUCAAGUCAAUCCCCCUUUCCCCAUGUUUCAGUAAAAGUGUGGGGAUUUACUGGAACCUCCCCGUGGACUUCUUGAGGGAACGUCGAAAGACACUUUCCGCUAUUUUGUUUCACUUGCCAACACUUGUGCAUGUUCCCGAACACUUGGUGGUUAAUAAUCCACCAUUAUUAGACACUAACAUCCGCCACAACACAUUUUUUAUCAAGAAAAACAAAACUGCUAAAGUGACGCUUCCCGAUCCCGCCAAAAAGUCCAAACACUGUUUUUGAAGAUAAUACCCUUUUGUUUGUGAUGUGCUAUAUAUAUAUAUAUAUACAUACAGAUGGAGCUAAAGAAGUUUCACUUCAGUCGUGUGGUCAUCAGUGUUGCCAGGUCUCCAGAUUUCACAGGAGAUUUCCUGUUUUUCUGAAAUUUCUUUUGUUCUACUGUUUUUCUACAUGAAUCUCCUGUUUUUUUAGAAUACGAUUUUCUUUUUUAAAUUGAAUGUUGAGUUACAUUUUCCGUCAUUAAUAAUGUAGAAAACCUUCAUAAUUAUAAAAUAAAUGUAAUUGUCUAAAAAAAUAGCUUUGAGGGGUGGCAGAAGCCACAGAAACACAACCGUUACUGGUUUUUAUCUUGAUUUGAUUUACCAAUCCUAAGAAUCGUAAAAAGUACGCCUCUUUACUACGGUUUUUCUUGUAGCUCUUUCCACACAUAUACUGUUUUUAUCUAUAACGCCUCCCGAUUUUUGAAAAUUGGCAACACUGGUGGUCAUAAGCACACUGUUUUUUUUUUAAUAAUUUAUUUAUGCGUUAUCAUUUUUGUGAUUAGAGAAAUUUAUCUAUCCAAAGGUAUCUCUAGAUCUGUUCAUUGGUUUUAUGGGUGCUUUAACUAUGUUAAUUAUGACUAUCCGUUUAUUAUGACGUAGUUACACAACGAAGUUUGGUUUUCAUAUAAAAUUCAUUGUAACAAUGUCGGAUAUAAUGACUUCGCUUACAGUGACAUGUCGCUUAUUAUGACCCAUUUUUAAUCAAUUUUGUGCGUUUAUAGUGACCGACGUGGUUCUUUACACCUACGGUAAUGUUCGUUGAUUCAAAUUGAACAUCAAGCAUUGUUUUUAGUGAUAUGCUAUGUAAAAAAAUGUCAUCUCAACGUCGUAAAGCAUUUACGACUGAGGAAAAAGGUGCAAAGCAUAUUAUUAUGCUGAUUAGAAAAUGGAGAAUCAAACUCAUCUCACAAUCAAAAAAGUUUCACAAAAAUGCUUUGUAUGACGUCCGCUUAGUAUGACGUGUUUGUCGAUGCCCUUCGAAGUCAUAAUAAACGGAUUGUACUGUAAUGUCGUAAGAUGGUUUGAUAAAUCGUUUUUUUUUAAACGCUGAUAAUAAGACAAUGGAGAUGACAUUGCUUGAUGUUAAUGUUGAUGAUUUUGUUUUCUGGCGUUAAGUCGGCUGCUGCCGCGGCAUAUAAAUGUGAUCUCACGAAUGAUUCUUUACAGAGACGAAAUUAUGUUGUUAUCAGUGUAGCCAGGUACGAUUUUAAAAAAUCGGGGAAAAAACAGUAAUAAUAAUAUUUGUUUGUAAAAAAAUGUACAUGGUAAAAAUCUUAUAAAUAUGUUGAAACUAAGGCCAUUGUUUCACACAAAGUACAGAUAGACAUGAUUUUAUUUAUUUUUUAAGCAUUUUAAAUGCUAGAUGUUUAAAUCUAAAGAA